GUUCUGGGGCAAGACGGACAAGUGUGGUGUGACGGAGCCGGGGGGAGCUUGCAAAUCGGGUGAUGAGCCGACUGGAGCUUUCGACUGCACCUACACCUACAAGAAGGUGGGUGAGAUCUCCAUCGACGACCUGGAAGGCAUUCCAAGCUUUGGUGCUCUCAUGAAAUCUGGCGGCUACGAGUACAGCCGAAGCACAGACAAGGGGAAGAAGAUGCAUUUCUGGGAUGACAAGGAGUCGCCGGAAGCCAACCAGAGGCGCAUUGACCGUGUGCUGCAGAAAUUUCAAGAGAAAUAUCCAGAGCAACCAGUCUUGGAGGACCCGCCGUGCGACUUCGAUCUUACCAAGUUCUACCCGAACUUCCCGAAGGGCACUUUCGGCUGA